AUGAGCAAGGAUCAAAAAAUUAUUGAACACGAAGGGACUAAAUAUUAUAAAGAGAAAGGUCGUUGGUAUCGUUUGGUUCAAAUUGAAGAAGAUUCAGUGCCUGCUAACAUUAAAAAUAAGACUGCAAAAAUAAGUUUUCCUCAAGAAACUCAACUGGAUAUAUUUAAAUGUCUAAACUUCAAUCAAUUAGUAUCUUUUCAAGAGUCAAGUUUUUAUUUCAAAAAUAUUAUUGACAAAUAUGGAAAAGAACUGGCAAAGAAGAAAUUUUCUAAGCUUGAAUUUCGUUCUGUUUAUGAGGAAAAAUGGGAAGAGAAUAAAUUCAUUAAAGUGCAAGUCGAACAUAAAUUUGUUGAAAUAGAACCUCAUCUUUAUGAUUUUGAAUUGAGUGAACAGCUUAAGGAAAAGGUUGUAAUUUUUUGA